AUGUGUAUACAGGGGAAGCUCUGCUCGGGCUACUGCCCCUGCGACCCGAUCUUGGAGGAAGUGGAUGAAGAUGGAUGGAUGGAUGGAUGGCUCAUGGAGCUGGGAGACAUAGGUAGUGGCUGUGAAGAUGAAAACUGUGGCCCUGCAUCAGGCUUCUCACAGGACUGCUCCAACCAAGAGUGCCAGUUGGAAUCUCAGUUUGGAUUGAUUGAGUUAGUGUGUGUGACUGUGAUUUACAUUCCACUGAUGCUCUUCGGCCUUCUUGGAAAUAUACUAACAAUUCUGGUGGUUUGGCUCCGUCCUCACAUGAGAAGCUCCACCUACCUCUACCUGAGCAGUAUGGCUAUCAGUGAUCUGUUGAUACUCCUACUUCUCCCUCUGGAUCUAUAUAAGCUCUGGAGGCCCGCACCCUGGCCCUUAGGAGACCUUGCUUGUAAGCUUACCAUGUUCCUCUCAGAAUGCUGCACCUUCUGCACCAUACUCCACAUCACCUUCCUCUCCCUGGAGAGGUAUCUGGCAGUCUGCUGGCCAAUCACUGCCAAGACCAUGGUUACACGGCGCAGAACUAGGGCUCUUAUUGGCUGCCUCUGGCUUGGUGCAAUCAUCAGCGCAGCACCAGUGUUGGUCAUGGUUGGAGUAGAUGAAGAAGGUGUUGAUGGAAGUCAAAGCAAAAAGAUUGACAGGAGAGAGUGCCGCUGCACCCAUUAUGCUGUCACCUCUGGUCUUCUGUCAGCCAUGACGAUUGUCUCCAACUUGUACUUCCUGGUACCAUUCUGCAUCCUGGGACUGGUCUACAGCCUGAUUGGACGGACACUGUGGCUCCGUCCACAAAGCAGCCGUAAAGACCAGAGUCAGCGGCACACUGUCAAAAUGCUGGGAGUGAUUGUCUUGGCGUUUGUCCUGUGCUGGCUGCCCUUUCAUGUUGGUCGGACCAUAUUCUCUUUUUCUCUGAGCACCGCUAUUGACACACAGGAAACUUACAUGAACUACCUGUCUCAGUAUUUCAAUCUAGUGUCCUCUGUCCUCUUCUACCUCAGUGCUGCUGUCAAUCCUUUACUGUACAACCUGAUGUCUGCCAGAUAUAGACAUGCUGGUGCACUCCGCUUCUUGGCCAAUGUCAGCUGGGAUUGGCUGCAGCCCCUCUGCGACCCUAUUGAGGAAUAA